GGCCGCGCUCCGGGCCGGCGGCGGCACCGGCUGUGAGGGAGAUCGUGAUGCCCCGGGGGCUCUGGGCCUGGUGGUGGCUGGGUGGAGCAGCGCCCGGGAGUUGGUUUGUGCGGGUGUUGCCCGAGGAAUUGCUGUUAUACCUGCCCGGGUGUUGGUCGGUGUGCUGGAAAUGGGGUGUUCCUGUGUGUGUGCAAUGAGCCCUCAGAGUGCUCUGGGUGCGUUACGGAAAACGCGCAGUGGUAAAAGUGGCUUGUGGAGAGGCAGCUGGUGUGUCGCAGGUUUGUGGAAGGGCUGAGUCUCAGAGAGCGGCUGCAGGUCACUGGGAAGCAUGGGACAAGACCUGAAUGAUAACUUCUUGCAAGCCCUAACAGGGAGAGGAGCAGCAAAUUGCACUGGAAGAGUUCCCAUGAGCACCUGUGUGAUGAUGAUAAAGCUUAGAAACCAAGCUGAUCUUGGGAACCAGCACACUUCCAAACUGUGACACUGCAGCGAGGCUCCUCUUCACCUCCCGUGUGUUCCCUGCCCGAUGUACAGAUGAGGCGCCCCUUUGUUGCAAGGCGGAUUUGGGCUGCUGAGGGCACCUCUGCCAGUCCCGGCCGGGUUGGAGGAAGCCGAGGGUCACUGAGCGCGGCUGCUACUCGGGAGAGGCAGGCAGAACCCCAGCACAACCCGGUGAGGAUCGCUUCCACCUGCCCGCGGUGGACUGUGCUCCUCUCCCAGCCAAGCCUAGCCUUGAGGCGUUCCAGGGGAGAAGCGUGAGUGCGCUGCUACUCGUGAUUUUCUUUAUUUUUUUUUCUUAACGCGAUCACGUUAUUGUACGGCCUUUGGGAGGGGCUGGGUGGAGGCGGGCAGGGGACCGUCCUCCGCCUUGAUCGCCGUCCGCCCAGGGGGAUGGAGUUUCCAGAGCAUCCCCUCCCUCCCGUCCCGUCGCUGCGCUCCCCUGGGGUGGCGGCUCCCCGCCGGAGCGAGGGCGGGCGGGGCGAUCGCCGCGCUUGCCGCGGUCUCUCGGCGGCGCGGGGCUGCACCGAGCGAGUGCCGGCCGUGCCGGGAGCAGCGCCGCCGCCUCUCCCCGACACCAACCUGCGCGGCUGGGAAUAAAGCCCCUCGCUCCCCGCCGGGAAGGGAGGGCGGUACAAACCGUGGAGCUUUCCUCCGCCCCGCUUUUUGCCGUUUUUUUUUUCUUCUUUUCCCCUUUUUUUGCUUUCCCCUUUUUUUCGUUCUCCAGGAGGAGAACGCGCCAUCCGCGCGGUGCCGGGCUCGCUUGGCGGCCCCGGGCGCCGCCGGCGGGACGGAGGGGCGGGAUGGCGGCGUCGGCCCGCUGGGUACUGUGCCUGUGCCUGGGAUGGGGCUGCCUGUGCCUGGCCCUGGGGGACGCGCUGCGGCCGCGCCGGCUCGGGCUGCGGCGCCGGGCUGCGCCGGGAGCCGUGCGGGGCAGCCGCGCCCGGCCGCCCGCAGGUGAGGACGGCCCGGGGCAGCGGCGGCCCGAGCGGCCGGCGGCGGCGGACAGAGUGGCGGAGCACAUGCUGCGGCUCUACGAGCAGUACCGCGGCGGCCGGGACCCGCCGGCACCGCCCGGGCCAUGGCUCCGCCGGGGCAACACGGUGCGCGGCUUCCGCCCGCUGCCGGCAGGGAGCCCCAAAGGCCAGGAGAUGUACAUUUUUAACUUGACAUCACUCACGGAGUCUGAAAAUGUCCUGUCAGCUUCAGUGUAUUAUUAUAUUGGUGAUCUGCUGCAUGUGAAAUGGAACUGUUCCCAGCCCAGUGGCUGUUCUCAUCAUUGGCACAGGAAACCUGAAAUUCAGAUACGUCUUUCGGUUUGGACCUUUCCUUCAGCUGGGAACCUGACUCGGAGCCUGGGGCAUUUCCUCAUCAAUGUCUCCUCUGCUUACCAGGAUAUCCUUUCCUGGCAGUGGAAGGAUAUCACUCAGCUCCUGCAUGAAGCAAAGCAAAACAACGAGCUGCUGAUCAGUGUUAAAAUGGAUCUGACCGGCCAUCCUCCCUGGGAAAGAGCGUCUUCCUCCUACGAACCCUACAUCCUGAUUUACGCCAACGAUUCUGCUAUCUCAGAGCCAGAGAGUGUUGUUUCCACUCUGCGAGGACACCAUCAUCCUCUGGCAAGGGUCCUUCCCAAGCCAGAGGGCCACAGGAGGAGCAGCGUGGACAACCGCCGGAGGAAACGCUCUGCAAACGUCCUGUUGCCACUGCAGAACAACGAGCUCCCAGGAGCCAAGUACCAGUAUGGGGAGGAGCAGGGGUGGGAAGGCACAAAACCCUACAAGACCUUCCAGCCACAGCUAGCAGACAGGGCCAGGAGUAAGAAGAAGCAGAGGAAGAGUCAUCUCCAGAAGACCCAGACUCUGCAGUUUGAUGAGCAAACACUGAAGAAGGCGAGGAGGAAGCAGUGGAACGAGCCAAGGAAUUGCGCCCGGCGCUAUCUCAAGGUGGAUUUUGCAGACAUCGGCUGGAGCGAGUGGAUCAUUUCCCCUAAGUCCUUCGAUGCCUAUUACUGCUCAGGAGAAUGCCAAUUCCCAAUUCCAAAGGCCAUGAAGCCAUCCAACCACGCCACCAUCCAGAGCAUUGUGAGAGCUGUCGGAGUCGUCCCUGGCAUUCCCGAGCCUUGCUGUGUUCCUGACAAAAUGUCUUCCCUUAGCAUCCUGUUCUUUGAUGAAAACAAGAACGUGGUUCUGAAGGUGUACCCCAACAUGACAGUGGAGUCCUGUGCGUGCAGAUAACGCCUUGGGGGCCUUUGGGCAAUGCCAGGUGAUGGCUUGCUGUUUGGGGAAGGGGGGUGGGCAGGAGUCUCAUCAUACCUGCUUCGUGUUUGCACUGCCAAUGCAUUUCUCUGGGACAAGAAAGAGAAAACAUAAAGAAAUCCAAGCAAUGAGAAUGGGAACAGGAUGGAUUCCAAAUAGCAAUUCCAAGGAAAGUGAAUACAAACUUCAUUUGUCCGUGAUUCUGACCAACACACAAGGCUUGGGAACGGGACCUGACUGUACCUUUUGGAAGCAGGAGGUGAAAGAAGAAUCUGCAGAAUUUUGAGACUGCCCAAAGGACAUAGUGAUCUAUUUUUGUACAAGAUUUUGGAAGCAGCACAGGCUGGUACUUCUUGUCUCUGUUCUAAUGGUGACUAAUGGCGGGGGGAGGUUAGAAAUGUAAUAGUCUUCAUUUUAAAGCUAAGUUUCUUGCCUUAGGUUUUAGAGUAGUACAGCAAGGCAGCAAAACAAAUCUGACAUCCUGAAAGCUGCAGAUGGCCGUGCAUCUCCUUGGUACGAGGUUACCCACCUGGUGUGCAAGUUCCUUUUCACUGACACCUGCUCUGUAAUUCAGCUUCUGGGAGCUCAAAGCAGGACUGCUGAGUGCUUCACUCUGACUCCUAGGGAAACUCAGCAGGCCAGGGCUGUGGAAAUGCCACGCUCAGCCAAGUGUCUCAUUCACCACGUGUCCCAGAACACACUUGCAAAUAAUCUGUGGGGUGUCUACCUGCAAGGGCACCAUGGCCAGGCUGUGUGCAGUGGCCUCUUCUCCCAGGUAACAAGCCAUGGCACCAGAGGUCAUAGCCUCAAGCUGCACCUGGGGAGGGUCAGGCUGGACAUUAGGAAGAAUUUCUCCAUGGAGAGGAUGGUCAGGCAGUGGAAGGGGCUGCCCAGGGAGGAGCUGGAGUCACCCUCCAUGGAGCUGUUCAGGAAAGGACUGGAUGGGGGCACUCAGUGCUCUGAUUUAGCCAGCAGGGUGGUGAUUCGGUUCUUCCGUACUCUGGGGGCCCUGAAGACAUCAGCAGCAGAGUGUCACUCCCGGGGCAGAACUGGUUCCAAAGAUUGGCACCCUCAGCUGAGGAGAGGCUUGUGGGUUUACAGGAUGGGUUCUUGAGUGGCUCCUUUUUCCUUGUAAAACCAGCGUUUUUAAAUGAUUUCUGGGGAAAGGUUUAUCUGUGUACAGACUGUCAAUUUUAAAAAGUGAAAAUCACCCCCAAAAAAGGAAAAGUUAUUUUGUAUAUGAAAGAAACUUUUACAGAUGCUUCUAAUUUAUUUUAUAUCCAUGGCCCUCCUAAUGUAUCCUCCUUUAUCUCAGCACUCUUCAAACCAUGCAGUUUCCUCUGUCAGUGCAGAGAUGAACUGCCAGGACUAUAGGAGAGCUCCAAAGGACAGGUGCACCCGCAGUGUGAAGGGCAUGUUUCACUGCUGAUGGAUAAACUUGUCUGGUCUGUGUUGUUUUCCUUCAGUAAUACACAUGUUGUGCUUGGAAUUCUGGAGAGGCAUAAAAUAAAAUUACUUUAAAAUAAAAA